GAGUUUGUAGAUCUGCAGCUUGGAGUGUCACGUACACACGCACUCAUGCAAGAGCACGAUCUCUCCGGCUGCUCGCAUGGCUGUGUGCUGCUAGUGGUGCAGAGAAUGACUAAGGAGGAUCCUUACACGGGACCACCACCACCCACCAGAUCGCUGGAUGUAACCUGACCCUGUAUUCUGGGCCUUUGCAUGGCUGGGAAGAAGCAGGCUUCCCCCCCUUCCCCCCCCCCGACAGUGUGGGGUGGGUGUCCUUUUUGUAGGAUAGUAGUGUUGUGACUGUGUUUGUUGCAGGAUGGAAGAAGGAAGGAAAAAAGGUUUGGCUAGUGUCUGAAGACAGAUGGAGGCAAGAGGGUGAGGAGUGGCUGAUUCACUUGCAUGUUUCCACCAUUGUUGUUUUACGUCAGGCUGCUCUGGCUGUCAUGGCUGUGGCUAGCUGUUCUUUUUCACCAGGCCUUUCUCUCUGCUGCAGCCUCGCACAGCUCAGCAGCCAUGUUUUGCCGGCCCUUUUCCUCCAUAACAUUUCUCUCUGUCUCUGUUUAUUUUUCCACCUCAACUAUUCCGUCUGCCGGAUUGAACUGAGAGUUGUUGUAUUUUGAAACCCGAGACGAGGCUACAGGAUACAGAUGUGUGUGUGUGUGUGUGUGUGUGUGUGUGUGCGUGCGUGUGUGUGUGUGUGUGUGUGUGUGUGUGUGUGUGUGUGUGUGUGUGUGUGUGUGUGUGUGUGUGUGUGCAAAUGUGUUUGACCAUGCAUUUGGAUCAAAGAGCAGUCCUGGUUUAACUGCAUGCAUUGUAAAAGCAGAGCAGCUCCAUGGCCGUGCCUUUGUCCCCAACAGCCUCAACACACGGAGAUGGAGACACAGCAUUUCAGUCCCAUGGUGGCUCUCUUGCAUAGCUCAUCAUUUAAGAAAAAUAAAGUUUGUUUUGAGUUACAACCCAUCGAAAGUAUUUUCUAAUAUUGAAUAAUCUGUAUCAGACAAUUCUUUUGAAGGCUGAAAAACGUGUCUGAAAAAACAUGGGUUGUGUGCAAUUAAUAAAUAUGUUGUAUUUGCCGGAGUGACUGUCCUUACAUUUUCCAUAUCACCGAAAGGUUCAUAUCUUAACUUCAAAUUUGUUCAUGUGUUUUGUUCAACCACAAAACUAGCAGUCGGACGAUAAGAAAAUAACUGAAAGUAUUGCAUAUCUUCAAUAUUGUAUUAAUCAUUUGAACCCAGUUAAUUAUCAUCCUCAUACAUUUUAUAUAUAUAUACAAAAAAUACGAACUCUGAUGCCUUGAAGUCUGGCUUUGAUACGCCAGCAGCUUAUAAAUAAAACUCAAAUGGAUUACAUUAGCACACUGGAAUACACUUGUUUCCUUCCUGUAGAAUUUGUUUAAUUAUAGAAAAGCUGCCCAUGUUGUGAUAAGUAAGGACAAUGUUUUGUCUUGCAUGUCAUGAAAAUACCACAUAAAUGUCUCAUGUGUACUAGCAUGUGGUUCUAUCAGAAACAGUUCAAUGCAGUUGACUAAUCAAAAGACAAAUGAGGCAUAAUUAGAGCUGGCAGGAGUCCUGAAGUCAGAACCUCAUGCAUAGAAUAAAUAUCAAAUAUACGAAAGCUGCAACUAAGUUUUGUUGGACACCAGUACACUAUGUGGAGACAACUGAAGCCCAAAACCAGAGCUGAAUGAUGUGUCCACUAUGACUUACAUCCACUCAAGUCAUACUGUAAUGUACAACAUGGGAAUAUAUUCUGCCUUAAUAACAAAAAUAUCCAUAAACACAUCUUGUCAAUUAAGUUGAUCUGUUAUUGUCCAGUAUUGUUGUGAGGAAAGACACAAAGAAGCAGGGCUGAAUAUGAAUGAAUCACAUGCUUACCACCUUGUUUUAGUCAAACAUAUUAGGAGCAUCUUCCAAUGCUGGAAACCUGUUCUGUGCAACACUAUUAAUCCAAUUCCAAUUUGGGAUACAGAGGAAAUUUGGGAUAUCUCUUUGUAUCACUAAUCAUAAAAUAUUAUCAAUAGCCACAAGAACCAUAUCUUUAGAAACAAAAUGUUCUAAAUAUCAGGUUAUUAGUGAUACAUGAACAAACCACUCUGUGAAAAACUUUUACAACAUAGAAUUCAAGAUACAUCUACAGACAACUGUAGCGAAACAAACCUUGUUGUGUAUUUUGGAUGUUUUAUUCCACCUGUCCAAUUGGAAACAUGUGGAAGCAAAAAAGCCCACACUCUCACGCAUCUGUUUCCAUUCCAGUCAAAAACCUACAGUUUGAUAGAGGUGAAAAGAACUGUUAGUUUCACUCACUCAAAUGCACAUGCACCCUACUUGUUUCCUUUAGUGGAUUAGACCGGAUUGUUUUAACUUCAUCUACGAUUUAUUUCUACACAUCUGUAUUACAGAUACAAUGUUAGUCCGUGGGCUGUAGUCAUUAAUUACGUUGAUCAGAAAAUUCAUGUCAAGAAAUAUAUGUACCUUUCAAUUGAGGACACUAUGAUCCAUGGACAUUAUCUGCCUGUUUUUUUAACCAAAAAAUCAGUUUGACACACAAGAAAUCUCAUAAUCUAAUGAGAAAAUCGCUGAUGAAAACGACAAGAAACAUCCAAACAGAUAAAAUACAUAGGCGCAUGUUUAUACCAUUUCCUCUGUGUUGCCCAGGUAAACUCCUCCGACCAGGAACAGGACCAUGGGAGAUAUGAAGACGCCAGACUUUGAUGACCUGCUGGCGGCUUUCGACAUCCCUGACAUGGUGGAUCCUAAAGCCGCCAUUGAAUCUGGCCCCCAUGACGACCAUGAUGGACAGCUCAAGCAUCCUAGUGGUGAAGACGAGUCCCACGGCGCUUCAACAGGACUUGAUGUUGGCGUUAGUGUCAUUGUCAAAAAUAUCCGAAGUGCGGACACUAGGGAGCGUGGUGGAACCAUAUCAGAGAAGGAUGGACAUUUUCAAUCCCCUUUUGUUGACAUUGGCAGUGGACUUCAUAAUAGCUUCUUAGCCGCAAUACAACCACGUGCUCAUUGCACCACGAAUGGAUGGAAAGCUUUCAGCGAGGAAGGACAAUCAAUCAACAGCGAUUCACCAACCUUCAAUGAAUUCAGCCCCAUCUCCAGCGUUGAAGAGUUUGAUGAUGAUGAUGAUAAAAUUGAGGUCGAUGACCCCACGGACCAGCAGGGAGGCCAAUCAUUCACUAAAUUCACAGCCAAGACAGACGACCAGAAUCCCACCUAUCAUGUAUCGUUAGACAAUGCUUCUAAGCCCACAUUAAACAGGGAGGACAAAUCUGAUCAAAAUAAUAACCCCAAUGAAACUCUGGGAUGUUGCAAGUCCAACAAGGUCCCUCAAUCAAGUUUACCUGAAUGGGAGUGGAAAAAAACUGUCCUCGAGUCUCAAGAUCAAGAGUUCAAGGAGACCGGAGAGCCGACGGAGCACGUUAAUGUGUCCAGUACGUCUCAAGUCAAAGCCAAGUCCUCUGCAAAACUUUCAUCUUGUUUAGCGGCCAUAGCUGCCCUCAGUGCCAAAAAGACUUGCACUACAGAUGUGGGUGUUUUGGAUUCUCCUACAAAACAGAAAGAUUCCACCCGUGCCAAUAAAAAUUCCAGAGCUCUGGAGAAACCACAGGAGCAGGAGUCAGCCCUGGAAUUUGCAAAGAGGCUGCUAACAAGACCACCAGACAGUCCCUCGAGCGUCAUCAGUGAGGGUAGCAGCAAAGGUUCCCCUGCCUCAAGCACGGACACCACACCGGUUAUCCCGAAAGUCAGGAUCAAGACAAUCAAGACGUCAACCGGCCAGAUCAAGCGUAUGGUGACCCGAGUUGUGUCAGAGUUGGAUCCUGAAGGUCUGAAAACAAGAGAGAAAAGCGUUGCUGUGAUGGCGACCACCAGUGCAAAGCUCUCCUCCCCUACAGGGCCUCCUCUACCAACCACAGUGUUUGCCACCGCCGGAGGCCCUUCAAUGGAAAUAACCAAGCAAAUGACUAUCAAACCUGUGGCAACAGCUUUCCUGCCUGUCUCUGCAGUCAAGACGGCCGGUUCCCAAAUCAUCAACCUGAAGCUGGCCAACAAUACCACAGUUAAAGCGACAGUCAUCCCCGCUGCAUCAGUGCAAAGUGCCAGCAGCGCCAUCUUAAAAGCUGCCAAGGCCCUCAAGCAACAGACCGUCAUGGUACCUGCCUGCAGUCUGGCUAAUGCCAAACUUGUGCCAAAGAAAGUUCAUCUAAGUAACCUGAACCUUCUGCCUCGGACUGUGUCCUCCGCUGUCUGUGAUCCCAAAAAGGCCCAGUCCUCCUCCAAACAACCACAGCAGAUCAAACAGCGUACGAUUCUCGCUGGCCGGGCCUCAAAGAAACUCUCUAGGAUUCAAGUGUUCAACAGCUCUCAAAGCUCUGUAGUGGACGCUUUCAACAAAGUCCUGAGUAGCAUAAAUCCCGUCCCCGUGUACGUCCCGAACCUCUCUCCCCCAACCUCAGCUUGUAUCUCUCUACCCUCACGUGGCUACAAGUGCCUUGAGUGCGGAGAUUCAUUGGCUCUUGAGAAGAGCCUGGCGCAUCACUACGAGCGUCGCAGUGUGCGGAUCGAGGUCACCUGCAACCACUGUGACGAAAGUCUGUUGUUCUACAACAAAUGCAGCCUCUUGUCCCAUGCCAGGGGACACAAGGACAAAGGGGUGGUCAUGCAGUGCUCACAUCUAAUCCUAAAACCCAUCCCCGCAGAUCAGAUGCUAGCCACAGCACCAUCAUCAGGCCCACCAAACAUCACUGGCCCCACCUCCGCCUCCCGAGCCCAAUUAACCACCCAAAUCCCGGGGAGGGUUGCUGGUUCGGGGUCCCAAAGUACGGUGGUUUCCGCUCCGAGCAGCGCUCCUCUUGCCGCAGCCAUGCCCUUGGAGGAUGAUGCAUCGAAGCUCUGCAGGCACAGCCUCAAGUGCUCGGAGUGUAACAGAAUGUUCCAGGACGACGGCUCGCUGGCUAUGCACUACCAACAGGCACAAGAGUCCAGUGGGCAGAAAACAUGCAGCAUCUGUCAAAUGCUUCUACCAAAUGAGUGCAGCUUUCUGUCGCACCAGCGGAUCCACCAGCACAAGUCUCCUUACAUCUGCCCCGAGUGUGGCGCCAGCUGCCGCUCUGUCCAUUUCCAAUCCCACGUCACAAAGAACUGCCUGCAUUACACGCGCAGGGUUGGCUACCGCUGUAUCCACUGCAGUGUGAUCUUUGCUGAUGCCGCAACUGUAAAGUCCCACAUCCAGAGUUCUCACUGUGAGAUCUUCCAUAAAUGUCCUCUCUGCCCCAUGGCCUUCAAGUCUGCACCUGCGACGCACUCUCAUGUGAACACACAGCAUCCGGCAAUGAAGGCUGGAGAGCCCAAGUUGAUCUAUAAGUGUUCCAUGUGUGACACCGUGUUCACUUUGCAGUCCCUGCUCCACUCCCAUUUUGACCAGCAUAUCAUCAAUCACAAAGUCCCAGUGUUCAAAUGCCCCGACUGCUCCAUGCACUACGCACAGAAACAGCUCAUGUUGGAUCACAUCAAGGCCAUCCACGGCACCCUGAAGAGCACCGAGGGUCCACCAAACUUAGGCAUCAACCUUCCUCUCAGCACCAAGCCCACUAACUCCAACAGCACAAACAGCCCCGGCAACAAUAAUCCCAAGAAAGAUGGACGAAAUGACAAAAGUCGAGACAAGGGAGAAAAGAAGCCUUCACCUUCCCCGCUAAAGAAAAGCAACCGUAACUGCUCAGUGGACCUCAAGAGCCCACCGAGCUCAGGAUACACAUGUGGAGACUGCAGCAGUGUCUUCAGUGCCAGGGAGGUCUUUGUGGCUCACAUGAGGCGUGAACAUGGCAAGAUGCUGAAGAAACACCCGUGUCGGCAGUGCGAGAAGUCCUUCAGCUCCUCCCACAGUCUUUGCAGACACAACCGUCUCAAGCACAAAGGACAGCGGAAGGGUUACACCUGCCCUCACUGUCCGGCUCUCAGUCAGCUGUUCACUAAAAGAGUGCUGCUGGAUCAGCACAUCCAUCUGAUGCAUGGAGACAAAGACCCAGAUGGGACAACCGCAAACUCUGGUCACACGGAGGCUCUACCUGACAAGGAAACGCCCCGCGGCCCCAAAAGGAAGCGAGAAGAGGAUGAGGGGUCCCCAGGCCUGACCAGCGACUCACAGCCCUUAAAGAGGCUCAAGGUGAACAUCCUUAAAGUUCACAAGUGCGCCGUCUGCGGCUGGACCGCCGAGGACGUCGCGGCUUUCCGCGGCCACAUCCCCCAGCACAAGUGCGACGGCUCGUCGCACCAGUGUCAGGAGUGCGGCCUGUGCUACACCUCCCGCCGCUCGCUGGCCAGGCACCUCUUCAUCGUCCACCGGCUGAAGGAGCCGCAGGGCCUCGCCCGGUUCAACGGAAGGGGCAGGGACGACGACGACGACGAGAGCCAGCGGGAGAACCAGCUGGAGGUGGCGGACGGGACACCGAGCACCAAAUGCAAAGUGUGCGGCAGGAUGUUCGAGACUGAGGGCAACCUGAACACUCACAUGAGGACACACGGGAUGGCGUUCAUUAAGGCCAAGAGACUGAGCGCGGCGGAAAAGUGACGCUUUUAAACCAUUCCAAGUGAUUUUGUACUGAUGGUUGUCUCUCUGGUGUAUAUAUACAUACUGUAUAUAUUAUGUAUAUGUGUGCUACAACAUGUACGCAGACAUAAACACCAUAAGUCAGUCACUUUUUGCGUUUAAGUAAAUUGAAGAUAGAUGGAUGAUUUUCUACAGGCUUUGAAUAGAUUUGUUUUGUACAGAACAUUUAUUUUGAAUAGAGUUUCCAUUGUUCUCCCUAGGACUAGAUAAUGUAUGCAUAAUUGGUGUUAUGGGAUUAAUCCUCAUGCAGUUGACGGUGAAUGUUUAAUGUUGUUAGUUUCAAAACAGAAAAAACACACAUACAGUAUAUAAAACUUUUGGCAGCUUCGAGUUUAUUGUUUCUACAAUAAAUAUCAGAAAACACUUAAUUGAAAUUAAAUAAAAAUCAGAAGUAUUCAGACAAAAAAUCCUAUAGUUUGAAAUGAUUAUGAUGACUACGCGAUUAAUGUGGCUGAGAUUAAUGCGAAGAAAUAUUUUAACGCAGUUAACGCAACUUUGUUUUCUUCCGGAGUGCCGGAAGUAAACAAAGUUUACCACGGGAACAAAACUUACUAAAGUGAUUACUCAUAACACGGAAGAUUUAGUCUUUAGAAGAAAAACAAACGUUUAAUCGAAAUUAAUUGCGAUUAAUCAAAAGGGAAUUAUUCACACAAAAGGACCAGUUCAAUUAAAUUAACAAUGACUGAAAAUUGUGACAACCACAACAUUGUUUUCUAUUACUUCUUUUAGUAAAAAUUUGUAUUUAGACAGAAGAUUUUCUACUCUGACAAUGAAACGUGUCUGGCGCUAGAAAUGCGUGUGAGAAGCAGUCAGUGAAUUGUUUGUUGAAUAGAAUGUAUCUUGCUGCUGCCGCAGUUUUCAGCCAUUUCUGAUGCUUGUGUACAAAGCUGUUCUUUACGUCAAUAAAUGAUAAAUUAUAAACCUG